AUGGCGGCCGCGGGGGGCGACAAGAUCAUCGUGCGGGCGCUGCUGGCGGCCGGCGCGGACCCGGGCGCGCACCUCACCGUGCCGCCGACCUCCUUCACAACCCCCGCCAGCGUGGCGGAUGAGUAUGGGCACCCCGAGGUCGCGCAGCUGCUGCUGAGCGCCACCGCCGCCAGAGCAGAGAAAGCGACUGCAAAUGGCGCAGCGGCGCCAGACGUGCCGGAGGGGAACGGGAGAGGCUGA